UUCAGACUGGAGUAGAGGAAGAGGAAGGGAGUGCUCGUGGAUGUAGCCAAAACAUGUUACAAUCUUUCAUGAUAUAAAACCACCAUCACUUUAGUUUAAUUUUCAACUUCGUUGAUCAUGAGAAGGGUUACACUCUUUGUCAACGGGUCCAAUACCAAUGGAAAGGUGGUGGCUUUUUACGGUUCUAUGGACGAUCUCUUGUCUGUUGCCAGCUCUAAACUGGGCAUUAAGGCCUCCUGUGUUUACAAUGCAAAUGGUGGUCUUAUUGACGACAUAACAAUUAUACGAGAAGAUGACGUACUCUACAUAUCAGAGGGCGAGGUAUUCAAAGAGCCAGAGGAGGAACAAAAGGCAACCGAGGGUGGUCAGAUGCACACCGAUUGGUUGACCCUUAACGUUGGCGGACGUCGCUUCACCACCACAAGGAGCACAUUGGUCAGUAAAGAACCAGACAGCAUGCUAGCUCAUAUGUUCAGAGAAAAAGAUGUGUGGGGCAACAAGCAGGACUCACAGGGAGCUUUUCUUAUUGAUCGAAGUCCUGACUACUUUGAGCCUAUCCUUAAUUACUUGAGACAUGGGCAGCUCAUCAUCAACGAAGGCAUCAAUCCUCUUGGUGUAUUAGAGGAAGCUCGAUUUUUUGGCAUUGAACAGUUGGCUGAACAAAUUGAGACCCACAUAAAGUCCACUCAGUCUCCUGAUGACCACUCACCUUUGACCCGGAAGGAAUUUAUUAGAUAUCUAUUAGCCACAACAACUAAGGCUGAGCUACGCUGUCAGGGUCUGAAUUUCAAUGGUGCAGAUUUGUCUCGCCUUGAUUUGCGCUAUAUUAACUUUAAGAUGGCCAAUUUAAGAGGAGCUAAUUUGAUGAAUGCUAACCUAAGUGGAGCAAAUCUGGAAAGGGCAGACCUCUCAAUGGCUUGUUUGGAUGGUGCCAAUCUUCAAGGAGUGAAAAUGCUCUGCACUAAUGCUGAAGGGGCAUCUCUCAAAGGCUGUAACUUUGAAGAUCCUGCUGGAAGCAAAGCUAAUCUAGAAGGAGCCAAUCUCAAAGGUGUGGACAUGGAGGGUAGUCAGAUGACAGGUAUUAACCUAAGAGUUGCUACACUGAAAAAUGCCAAGUUAAAGAAUUGUAAUCUAAGAGGAGCCACACUGGCUGGGACAGACCUGGAGAACUGUGACCUAUCUGGAUGUGACCUUCAGGAGGCAAACCUGAGAGGCUCCAAUGUGAAGGGCGCCAUCUUUGAGGAGAUGCUCACUCCUCUGCACAUGUCCCAGAGUGUGCGCUGAAUCUUCUUGUGCUGCUCAAAAAGGAAAGUAUUGGUCGCCACCAAACUACAAAUAUUGGCCAUCCUGUUUUUCACACCGUACAAUGAAAAGUAAAGAGUAUAUAAUGAAAAAAGUAUUGUUUUUAUUAAAAUUAAAGGUCUCCAAGGAUAUGAUGUAUUUUAGCCUGGAAUGUUCUACAAAAUUACAUAAAAUCUAUCAACAUAUCCAUGGAGGCAAGCAAGUAAUUCCACUAAAAUCUUGUCAUUUAUUGCAAUAAAAUGCCAGGAAUUGAAGAGAUUAAAUAAAAGAUACAUUUAGAUAAGUUUACAGCAUAACAUUCCAGGGAACGCAAGAACAUUUGACCCUACAUCAGAAAAAGUACAUAGUGCAGCUUCUUAUUGAGUCAAAGACUAUUUCUCUUAGACAUGAGAAUCAAGACACCUCAAGUCCAGUGAAGGUUUCAUUCUUAAAGAAACCAUGUGUAUGUAACCUUUUCUAUCCACGAUGUCAGUGCUACUGAACCAUGCAGCUAUUCAUUGUAAACUAUUUUGCCUUGGCUUGAUUUAUUUUUGUGGUGCUAAUUUUAUUGUGGAGUUUCCAUCAAGACCUGUAUGUUGCUUACUUGUAGAACAGCAGAUGGCGCUACUCAUCACAAACUGAGACUGUAGAGUCUGUUUUUGUGUAGAGACUUGUAUAGAAAGUCUAUGAUCACAACGUGCUAAUGACUGUUGAUUAUUUAUACAUGUGUGCUUUCAAUAGACAAUACACAACAUAAAUACAUCUGAUUUAUAAAUGUA